AUGGCCAAUAAUCGUUCUUUCUCUUCUCAAGACAAUUUUGAUUCUUUUCAAAACUUGAUGGACUCAUUAAACAUGAAUUCCGAUCAUUCUAAUCUUAACACCUCUAAUAACUCUUUGUCUGCUCCUACAAACCAAUCCCUGAAUUUAAAUCACAACAGAAACCUGAAUAUAAAUCAAAAUUUAAACCACAACUUAUUGCAACAUCACCCUUUGCCAAUUUCGAAUCAAGAUGUUUCUUCUAAUUCAAACUCAAAUCCAAAUCUAUUAAACCAUAAUAAUCUCAACAAUAUUAGUAACUAUAACACUCUUAAUACUUUAAACACUCUUAGCAAUCUUAACAAUCUUAACAAUCUCAACAAUCUCAACAAUCUUAACAAUCUUAACAAUCUCAAUAACCCCAAUAAUCCGAACGCUGUAAUUAACCCUACUACCAACGAUAAUAAUGACACUGACAACUCAAAGAUAACAGUUUAUCGAAGGUCUUCGGAUAUCAAUUUAAAAUUAACCACUUUAAAACAGUCUAGAAAAAGAAAAUCAGAGCAGUCUGUGAAACCUAGAUUAAGAGUAAAUAAAGCUUGCGAUAGGUGCAAAAGACAAAAAAUUAAAUGUGAUGGUCAACAACCCUGUGUUACUUGCAUUAAACACAGUCAUUCAUGUUCAUAUUCUCAAACCUCAAUUGGAAACAAUACUAACAACUCUAGCAUCAAUAACACUAAUAUCAACAGCAAUUCCAACAGUGCCAACAGCACUAGCACCACUAUUAAUAACAGCACUAAUAAUAGUAACAAUAAUACUGAUAAACCCUACACAAUAAAUAACAAAGGCGAUAACUUUAAAAAGUUCGAUAACAAUAAUGAUGAUAAUGACAAUAAAAAUCUUCAUUCAAAUUCAAAUUCAAAUUACAUCCAAUAUUUAGAAAAUAAAGUAAGAUUCCUUGAAAACGUAAUAAAUAAUAAAAGUAACGACUCAAUCAACAAUUCAUUCAACAACCCAAUUAAUCUAGUAAAUAAUCCUAAAAUUAACUCCAACAUCCAAUAUAAUAACAAAAAUCAUAACAACUUAGACCCGGAUAUCGAUAAUUUUAAUAUUGAUAGCGACUAUGGCUACAAAGAAGACAAUGUAUACCUUUUCAGCGCAAAUAAAUGGAGAUUAAUGAGAAAAUAUCACAACAUCAUAGCAAAGGAUUUAGGCCAGCUACUAUACAACUCUUUAUCUACUCAAUCUCAAAAAAAAGUAAUAGAACCUAGAACACAAUUUUACGCUUGGAACAUGAGCGGUUCCCAUUAUUUAUCUCAAAGAAUUUUACCUCCAUUCAAUUGUUUGAUCAAUGAUAUAAUACUAAGUGACAAAUUAGUCAUGUUUUUUCUCGAUGCAAUUAAUCCUCUUUUUACUAUUCUACAUAAAAAGGUCUUUCUUGAACAGUACAACACUUAUAUGAAAACUUUACACCUUAAAAACCAAAAUAGAAAUACAAGAUUAUUCACUGCCAUUUUAUACAUAGUUUAUGCCAUAUCUUUCAGAUUCUUGGAAUUCUCUCAACUAGAUCAAUCCUUAGGAAUUGAAAUUCCCAAAAGUUUAGAAGAAAAUUUAUUUGAUUGUGCUCAUAAUAUUAUCCAAAAAUUAUCCUUUGAAUGGGAAUCUUUUGAAAUUAUUCAAGGCUGGUUGCUAAUAACCUUUUAUCUUAGAACAACUCAUCGUCAAACCUCUUCCUACUUUGCUUUAGGUUGCGCAAUCAGAAUGGCUUUGGGUAUGUCUUUAAACUUUUCAAAUUUUGAUUUGAAAGAAAAUAUUAAACCUUACGAUAAAAUUAAAGCAAAAAGAAUAUUUUGGUGUGUUUAUACUUGGGAUAAAUUAUUUGGAUUUCAAAGUGGUAGAACUGAUUCUAUUAAAGACUAUGAAAUUAAUCUAGAAUGGCCAACAAUGGAUUUUGAAACUGAAAAAGACGGUUGGUUAACAAUUGAGAGUUUGGCUAUGAUUCAUUUAGCUAGAAUUUCUAGUAAAUUACAACCGUUUAAUUCUCAUGCUUUACAUUUAUCUGAGAUUUAUAAGAUUAAAACAUAUUUAGAAAAAUGGAAUAACUGGAUGCUCAAAAAUAAUAUUAAUAAUGAUUUAAUUCAAAUUGAAAAUUCCAAUUUUUCAAAUAAUAUUGAAAAUAACAACUUGGAUCAAAUUUAUAAACUAUUACUUAAUUCUCAGUUAAGAUUUCAUUAUUAUGAUUUGUUAUUAGGUUUGAAUUCUAGAAGUUUAAUGCCAUUUUUAAAUAAAAAAGUAAACGUUCAAAGUUUAUCGAUUGAAACCGUUGUUGAUUCGUGUGAACAAAUUUUAAAAGUCUUUAAUAUUGUUUAUAAUUUUAACAAAUUAUUGCUUAAUGGGGGCUCUCCUCCAAAUCAAAAUAGUGUCAAUUUAAUAUUGACGCCCUGGUAUUUGAAUUUGUCAUUGUUAUUCAAUAUUGGAAUAAUAUCACUUUUACUUAUUAAUAAUGGGUUGUUUUUAUCUAAAGCCAGAGUUUUUUUAAAAUUUUCAAUCAAUUAUAUUACAAUUUUAAGAUCACCAAAAUUGGAUAUAAUAAAUAAAAACGGAAAACAAACCCAAGUUAUAAAAUUCGACGACAAGAUUAAUAUGGCAAAGGAAAGUUUAUGGGUAUUAAAAAUGAUGAACCAUAUGAUGACACUACAAUUUAAAGAAAGUUAUGAGGCAUUAUUAAAUAUUGGUAUUGAUCAUGGAUCAAAUGAUGUAAACAUUGACAACUUUUCUCAAUUUGGAGUGAACGAUAGAAAGGACUCGAUGCAAUUUGUGAAUCCUAAUAUUAAUAACAAUAACAAUAAUAACAAUAAUAACAAUAAUAAUAAUAAUAAUAAUAAUAAUAAUAAUAAUAAUAAUAAUAAUAAUAAUAAUAAUAGUAAUAAUAGUAAUAAUAGUAAUAGUAAUAAUAAUAAUAAUAAUAAUAAUAAUAACAAUAACCAAACAAUGAAUAGAAAUGAUUUUUUGCAAAGAAUUUUAAACAA